AUGAAGUAUAAUAACAGAAAACUCUCAUUCAACCCUACCACAGUAAGUAUCGCUGGAACGUUGCUUACCGUGUUCUUUCUCACAAGGCUCGUGCUUUCGUUCUUCUCGAUAUCGCUAUUCCAGCUGGUGACUUUCCAAGGAAUUUUCAAGCCCUAUGUUCCAGACUUUAAAAAUACUCCCGGCGUAGAGUUCUAUGACCUACGAAAUUACCAAGGCAACAAAGACGGCUGGCAACAGAGUGAUCGCAUCUUGUUUUGCGUGCCGCUGAGAGAUGCUUCCGAGCAUCUCCCCAUGUUUUUUAACCAUCUAAAUACUAUGACGUAUCCGCACAACCUGAUUGAUCUAUCGUUUUUGGUGAGUGAUUCUUCGGACAACACCAUGGGCGUGCUAUUAUCCAAUCUGCAGAUGGCGCAGUCGCAACAGGACAAGUCCAAGAGGUUUGGUAACAUUGAAAUCUACGAGAAGGAUUUCGGUCAAAUCAUUGGCCAGUCCUUCUCUGAUCGUCACGGGUUUGGCGCACAGGGCCCCAGAAGAAAGCUAAUGGCUAGGGCGCGUAACUGGCUUGGAUCCGUGGCCUUGAAACCAUACCACUCCUGGGUCUACUGGAGAGACGUGGAUGUCGAAACCAUCCCCACCACCAUCAUGGAAGACCUAAUGCAUCACGACAAGGACGUCAUUGUCCCCAACGUCUGGAGACCUCUACCGGAUUGGUUGGGAAACAUUCAACCCUACGACCUAAAUUCAUGGAAGGAGUCCGAAGGUGGGCUUCAACUUGCAGAUGCUCUGGAUGAAGACGCUGUCAUUGUGGAAGGGUACCCAGAAUACGCCACUUGGAGACCUCACCUGGCAUACAUGAGAGAUCCAAACGGUAAUCCAGAAGACGAGAUGGAAUUGGACGGUAUCGGAGGGGUUUCAAUUCUCGCGAAGGCUAAAGUGUUCAGAACAGGCUCACACUUCCCAGCAUUUUCCUUUGAAAAGCACGCAGAGACAGAAGCAUUCGGCAGACUCUCCCGCAGAAUGAACUACAACGUCAUCGGCCUGCCCCAUUAUGUCAUCUGGCACAUCUACGAACCUUCCAGUGAUGACUUGAAACACAUGGCCUGGAUGGCUGAAGAAGAGAAGCGGAAGCUAGAAGAAGAGAGAAUUCGCGAAUUUUACAACAAGAUUUGGGAGAUCGGAUUUGAAGAUGUCAGAGACCAAUGGAACGAAGAAAGAGAUUCAAUAUUGAAAAACAUUGACUCUACUUUAAACAGUAAAGUCACCGUAGACUGGUCUGAAGAGGGCGAUGGCUCGGAGCUGGUCGACGCAAAGGGUGAACUUGUCUCUCCAAAUAACCAACAACAACAACAACAACAACAACAACAGCAGCAGCAGCAGCAACAACAGCAACAACAGCAGCCCGAUGGCAACCCGCAGGGGAAAGCUCUUGAUGACAACGACAAGAACAAGAAAAAACUUCCUAAAGAAGUUCCAUUGGACUUCGACCCUGAUAGAAACUAG